AUGUUUGCCGCUGCUACGAGAAGAACUUUGUUCAGAAAUAUCCCCACCACACACACCUACAGGUAUGGUUCCACUUUGGCAUUUAUCGAGUACAAUGCUAAGCAAAACGUUUUAACACCAGCUUCUAGAUCUUGUUUGCAAGCCGCCAAAAAACUAAAUCAGCCAAUAACUGCCUUAUUACUGGGUUCUAAUUCAGAUAAAGUUGCUAUCAAAGAUACUCCAAAUAUUGUUUCUAAAGUCUUGUAUAACACAGAUCUCAAGUUUGACCACCAGUCUCCUGAAUAUAUAUCCCCAUUGAUAUGUGAUAUAUUGAAUAAACAAAAUUUCACUCAUUUUGUCAUAGCUGCCAAUAGUGUUGGCAAAAAUAUUUUACCAAGAGUUGCCGCUUUAUUGGAUUUACAACCGAUUUCCGAUAUAGUUGAUAUAGAAAGUGAUAAGCAGUUUGUUAGACCCAUCUACGCAGGAAAUAUUCUAGCCACAGUCCAAUCUGAGCAACCUAAGAAACUAAUAAGUAUUAGAACCUCUGCAUUCCCAAUAGACGAGGAGGAAACUCAAGCAAAAGUUGAUAAUGCUGUUUCUAUCCCCACCCAAGAAUAUCAAUUCGAAAUUCCAAGCGAUAUUAAAAGCACACAAUACGUUGGCUCCAGCACCGUUCAAAACGAAGAUGGCAGACCAGACCUAAAUAGUGCCAAGGUUAUUGUUUCAGGUGGUCGUGGUUUGAAAACUAAGGAAAAUUUCGAAAAAUUAAUUGUUCCCUUGGCAGAUGCAUUUAAAAAAGUCCCCAAAUAUAACGGUGUUGCAGCUGCUAUUGGUGCCACCAGAGCUGUUGUUGACGCAGGCUUUGUUGAUAAUAGUUUACAAAUUGGUCAAACAGGUAAAGUUGUUGCUCCAGAUUUGUAUAUUGCUUGUGGUAUAAGUGGUGCUAUACAACAUUUGGCCGGUAUGAAGAAUUCCAAAGUCAUUGUGGCUAUCAAUAAGGAAGAAGACCAGCCGAUUGAAGAAAUUGCAGAUUUUACCUUGAUCGGCGAUGUUAAUGAUGUUCUACCAGAACUUACCGAAAAACUGGGUUAA